UAAGUAGGGUGAGGAGAUAUUUCUUAGAUCUCUCUGGGAGUUGUGUUGGCGUUCAGGACUGUUCGGUGAGGAUCGGGGCUCAGAGAGAGGAGACUGACAGAAACAGGAUGACGACUUUGGCUCUGGUGCUGCUGGUUCUGGCUUUUACAUCAGCCAGUGCGACCCAACGUAGAAGUCACUUUACACGUUACCGCUCAUGGAACUCCCAGAUGUAUCCUGUUUGGAAAGACGGAGACCAGAGAUUCAGAAACUGUUGGGCCGGUGGCGAAGUGACAUUUGACCUUAAGAGCGAUGCACCCACCCUGACCGGAGCAAGAACAACCUUCACUAUUAAUCUAAAUUUCCCACCAAAUCAGACAGUGCACUCGGACGGGCAGGUGGUCUGGGAGCGUAACUGCACCAUCGAUGGACAACAGUAUCGGGAGGGUCAGGCUGUGUAUCCUGACCAGGGCACUGAGCAGACAGGACUUUUUCCGGACGGCACAGCGUUUACCAAAACCCAGGACAAGAAAUCUCACUACGUCUUUGUGUGGAAGACUUUGGGGCGAUACUGGCAGGUGGCAGACGGACCGUCCUCCUCCCUCACCAUCGGUACAGACAAUGUCCCCCUCGGCUCCUACGGCAUGGAGGUUGUCAUCUACCACUGCCGUGGCAAAAACAAGUUCAUCCCUCUCGGCUAUGCUUCCUCAGUCUUCACCAUCACAGACCAGAUCCCCUUCACCAUAUCACUCGCCCAGGUCAGUGAUAUAAACCAAGAUGACCAGAACUUCAUCCAGAACAGAGCCAUUGCUUUUAGCGUUAAGCUCCACGAUCCCAGCCAGUAUCUCAGCAACGCCGACGUCAGCUUCAGUUGGGACUUUGGCGACAGCACCGGGACACUGAUCUCCAGAGAACACAUUGUCACUCACACAUACCUUGCUGUCGGGACCUUCAAACCUCAGGUGGUCCUGAUGGCAAGCAUCGCCAACGGAUGUGGAGACCCCACCGUCGUGGCUCCUGUUGAUGCCUCUGAUGCUCCAGCAGUAGUUGUGGUGGCCUCCACCCCUGCCCCAGCAGCAACAGCUGAGGCAGGAGACACGAUAAUGCUGGAUGUUCCUGCUUCUGACGCCACUCCACCUGCCGCCUCUGUGCAGCCAGCCGACACAGAAGCAGCGACUACAGACGAUGGAGAUGCAGUUGUUGACACAGACGCAGAGGCAAUAGAGGUUGCCUCAGCAUCACCUGCAGUAGUUGAUGCAGCUGUUGUUCCAGAGGAGCAAGAUCCUGCCAACACCGCUGCUCCCGCUGCAGAAGUAGAUGCUGCUGUAGAGGAAACAGAUGCUACAGCAGGAGAGGUAGCCACUGCUGCCCCUGCAGCUGAAGAGCCGGCAGAUGCAGAUACACCUGCUGUCGAUGCAGCUGCUGUCGAUGCAGCUGCAGCCGAUGCAGCUGCAGCCGAUGCAGCUGCUGUCGAUGAAACUGCAGAGGUGACAGAUGCAGCUGAAGAAAAUGUGCCUGUGGCUGAUGUUGCUGCUUCAGUUGCCCCUGUUGCAGAGGGAGAAGCAGUUGAGGUUAUGGAUGGUGCUCCAGUUGCAGAAGAAACCCUGGAGGAAGAAGGGGCUGUUGUGGCUGCUGAUGUUGCUGCUGCGGCUGCGGAGGUUGUCGCAGCUGAAACAGAGGCCGCUGCUGACAACGUUGUCGUCCCUGUUGCCACCGAGACCACAGCUGUAGAAGAGGCAGCACCAGCCGAUGCUGCAGCUGAUACUGAGGCUGAAGUACUGGAAACUGAGAAUGAAGUUGCAGCUACUGUAGCUGCUGCAGAGCAACCAGCUGGUGAGGAAGAGGCUGCUCCAGUGGAAGUUGAAGCAGAGGUGGAAACAGACCCAGCACAAGUUGCUCUUGUUGUGGCUAAGAGACAAGCACCAGAGCUGACAGCUGACUGCAUGGUCUACCGCUACGGCUCCCUCGCCACCUCUCUAGAUGUUGUCCAGGGCAUCGAAAGUGUGGAGAUUGUACAGGUGUCCAAUGUUGUGUCAAUGGCGACUGAGUUGGAUCAAAAUGCUGUGGACGUCACCAUCUCCUGUCAGGGAAGUCUACCAAGUGAAGUCUGCACAGUCAUUUCAGAUGCGGACUGUGUCACACCAGUGGAAACCAUCUGUACUGCAGCCACGCCCUCUCCAGACUGUCAGAUGAUCCUUCGCCAGUUCUUCAAUGACUCCGGUGUAUUUUGCAUCAAUGUCUCCUUGACCAAUGAUGUCAGCCUUGCUGUGGCGAGUGCUAGAGUUAGUGUAACAGUCGCCUCUGGAGGUUCCCCAGCUGGAACUGCCGCGACUGUCCUGGGUGUUAUGGUUCUCGCCUGCGUUGUCUGUUGUAUUGGGUUGAUGUACAGACGGUUCAAGCAGUACCAGCCACUUGGAGAAGACCAGGGUGUCAGUAGUGGAGGCAGCUCGGUCGUCACCUCAGUGCCUUUGCUGUUGUGGAACUUGCUGAGCCGACAGUCGCCAGGAGAAAGUCGCCCACUGCUUCAGGGGAGAAUGGUGUGAGCAUCAGCAGCUCAUGCACUUCACGUCUACAACAUCAGCCUUGUACACACUCUAUAUGUAGUACCAAUGAAACUCCCAGGCAAUGUAUGAAACCACAACCAGUCAAGUGAAACAGACAUGUACAACAACAUCUGUAGGGAAAGAAAGGAGUCACAUGUGUAAUAAAAACAAAAAGUAAUACAUGUUGAAACAUUUCAGAGGAAAGUUAUAUUUAUUUUGACACUUGUAGUUUAUAGAAGACACAGCUCUUAUUUGAGGCCUACUUACACUAAACCAAUUGGAAAAUCAGCAUAAUUUGAAUCAUGUACAUCACAGAAAAUUAUGUUUGCUAUCCCAAAAUGAAUAAAAUGGAACUUUAUCACCA